AUGGACCACGCGCAAAUCGCUGCCCAACCCUCGUCGGCCAUGCCCACGGAGCUGGCGCUUCGGGGCAGCUCGGCGCUCAUAGAGGCAUUUGAGGGUAUUGUCUAUGGAUCGAUUGCUGGCAUUGUCGGCAAAUACAUCGAGUACCCCUUCGACACGGUCAAAGUACGGCUGCAAAGCCAGCCCGACCAUCUUCCUCUUCGAUAUACCGGCCCUCUCGACUGUUUUCGACAAUCUUUAAAGGCGGAUGGCUUCUUGGGACUCUACCGAGGCAUUAGCGCUCCGCUAGUUGGAGCCGCCGCCGAGACGAGCAGCCUCUUCCUCUUCGAGAAGGUUGGGCGCGAGGUAUUGCUCGCUACUGGCCUUGCUUCGCGAGAGAAGGGUCUCUCUGUUCCAGCUCUAUGGGUGACCGGUGCCUUCUCCGGGGUUUGUGCUUCCUUUGUCUUGACCCCCAUUGAACUCGUCAAGUGCAAAGUCCAGGUGCCUCAGCAUGCGGACGGUGCUGUUGCUCCUGCUAUGCGGCCGCUUGCUGUUGUGCGCAAUGUCUUUCGUCAUGAGGGGCUACGGGGUUUCUGGCAUGGUCAGAUGGGAACGCUCAUCAGAGAAGGCGGAGGGAGUGCCGCCUGGUUCGGAGCCAAGGAGACGGUUACGUCGCUGUUUUACAACAUGAAGACGCGCGCGGCCAAGUCUCUGGAUGAGGCGAGGAGGAUCAGGGCCGAGCCGUUGCCACUCUGGCAGCAAGCUGUCGCUGGUGCUUCAGCCGGUGUUUCCUACAACUUCCUCUUCUUCCCUGCCGACACAAUCAAGUCUCGCAUGCAGACCAUCGCCGUAGGCACGCUGGCACAGAAGCGGACAUUUUGGGAUGAGGGCCUCGCAGUAUGGCGUCAAUACGGAGUUCGUGGUCUAUAUCGCGGCUGUGGUAUUACUUGUCUGCGCUCAGCACCCAGCUCUGCGUUUAUAUUUAUGGUUUAUGAUGGGCUGAAGAGGAACUUUCCCCUGCAGUAA